AUGAGUUCACCUAACGAUACAAGUGACAGUAAACAGGAUAUAAUAUCCCUCAUAGGAUCAGAUAAAGUGAAGCACUCCAUUUUAAGGGAAGAUGCUAUGCUAUCUAGCACGCUCAAAUCUAUAGCAAGCGGAAAUUUUGCUGAUAGUAAAGAUAGUAUUGAACUUCCUUCAAUGAGUGGACCUGUCAUUGAAAAAGUGAUUGAGUACAUGAACUUUAAAGGGAAAUUAUUACGUGAGGGAAGAGAAGGAGACAACACUGAAGUAACAGCUGAAAAAUUUGAAAACUUUAAUAUUCCUACUGAACUUUCCCUUGAUGUUCUAUUAGCAGCUGAUUAUUUGAAUAUAUAA